GGCGGCAGCGCAUGCGUCGUGUGUGUUCCUGGCCAGAAGAUGAGGCGGUGAUGGUGGUCUCACUAUCUCCCCGCCCCCCGGCUCCCGGAUGUAGCGGAUGAGGCAGCGUCAGGCUCGCUCCUGCCCCCAGGACGUGUAGGUGGCUGGCGAGCAGCUCGAGCCGGAGCCUGCGCGAGCCACAUCCUCGCCCCGCAGAGCGACCGGCCCCGGCCAAGCGGAGAGGCCCCGCUCCCCUCCUGUAGUGCAGCCCCCGCGGAGACGACCCCCGUGGCCGGGCCUCCCGCCGGGCCCCCGCGUCCUUCCACCGGGCCCGUGCGCGAGGGGCGGCCCCGGCAUGAGCAGCGCCCGGAACAACCGCGUGAUGGUGGAGGGGGUCGGGGCCCGGGUGGUGCGGGGCCCGGACUGGAAGUGGGGGAAGCAGGACGGCGGCGAGGGCCACGUGGGCACCGUGCGCAGCUUCGAGAGCCCGGAGGAGGUGGUGGUGGUUUGGGACAACGGCACCGCGGCCAAUUACCGCUGCUCCGGGGCCUAUGACCUGCGCAUCCUGGACAGCGCGCCCACCGGUAUCAAGCAUGAUGGAACUAUGUGUGAUACUUGUCGACAGCAGCCAAUCAUUGGCAUCAGAUGGAAAUGUGCUGAAUGCACAAAUUAUGACUUAUGCACAGUUUGUUAUCAUGGGGACAAACAUCACUUGAGGCAUCGUUUUUAUAGAAUAACCACACCAGGAAGUGAAAGGGUGCUGUUAGAGUCUCGUCGUAAAUCCAAGAAAAUUACAGCAAGAGGAAUCUUUGCAGGUGCCAGGGUGGUACGAGGAGUUGACUGGCAGUGGGAAGAUCAAGAUGGUGGCAAUGGACGUAGGGGGAAGGUAACUGAAAUCCAGGACUGGAGUGCAUCAAGCCCACACAGUGCAGCAUAUGUUUUAUGGGACAAUGGCGCUAAAAAUCUUUACAGAGUUGGCUUCGAGGGCAUGUCUGACCUGAAAUGUGUUCAGGAUGCCAAAGGAGGCUCUUUCUACAGGGACCACUGUCCUGUGCUAGGUGAGCAAAAUGGUAACAGGAAUCCUGGUGGGUUGCAGAUUGGUGAUCUGGUAAACAUUGACCUCGAUUUAGAAAUUGUACAGUCUUUGCAGCAUGGUCAUGGGGGAUGGACUGAUGGCAUGUUUGAGACCUUAACCACCACUGGCACAGUUUGUGGCAUUGAUGAAGAUCAUGACAUAGUAGUACAGUAUCCAAGCGGCAACAGGUUCUUGCUUUCUGAAGAUGCUGCUCUUACACAGGAGAGUGAGGCGUGGACAUUUAAUCCAGCUGUUCUCACCAAAGCCAAUGUUGUCCGAAGUGGAGAUGCUGCUCAAGGUGCAGAAGGAGGUACCUCACAGUUUCAAGUGGGUGACCUUGUUCAAGUUUGUUAUGAUUUAGAACGAAUCAAGCUUCUUCAAAGAGGUCAUGGAGAAUGGGCUGAAGCAAUGCUCCCCACUUUAGGUAAAGUUGGCCGGGUCCAACAGAUUUAUUCAGACAGUGACUUAAAAGUAGAGGUUUGUGGGACCUCUUGGACAUACAAUCCAGCAGCUGUCUCAAAGGUGGCAUCAGCAGGAUCAGCUAUAAGCAAUGCAUCUGGUGAGAGAUUGUCCCAACUUUUGAAGAAACUGUUCGAAACACAAGAAUCUGGGGACCUCAAUGAAGAACUUGUUAAAGCUGCUGCUAAUGGAGAUGUAGCUAAAGUGGAAGAUUUGCUAAAGAGACCGGAUGUGGAUGUGAAUGGGCAGUGUGCUGGACACACAGCUAUGCAAGCAGCCAGUCAGAAUGGACAUGUUGACAUUUUGAAAUUACUUCUGAAACAGAAUGUGGAUGUGGAAGCAGAGGACAAAGAUGGAGACAGGGCUGUUCACCACGCAGCUUUUGGAGAUGAAGGUGCUGUGAUAGAGGUUUUGCACAGAGGCAGUGCAGAUUUGAAUGCUCGCAACAAACGAAGACAGACUCCACUUCAUAUUGCUGUUAACAAAGGUCAUUUACAAGUUGUGAAGACUUUACUGGACUUUGGCUGUCAUCCUAGUCUCCAGGAUUCUGAAGGUGAUACUCCGCUCCAUGAUGCGAUAAGUAAAAAGCGUGAUGACAUCCUGGCUGUACUGUUAGAAGCUGGGGCAGAUGUUACUAUUACAAACAACAAUGGAUUUAAUGCUCUCCAUCAUGCUGCGCUAAGAGGGAAUCCCAGUGCAAUGCGUGUACUGCUGUCCAAGCUACCACGGCCAUGGAUUGUGGAUGAGAAGAAGGAUGACGGCUAUACUGCUUUACAUUUGGCAGCACUCAAUAAUCACGUGGAAGUGGCUGAACUCUUGGUGCAUCAGGGCAGUGCUAACCUGGAUAUCCAGAAUGUAAACCAGCAAACUGCACUGCACCUUGCCGUUGAACGACAGCACACACAAAUAGUUAGGCUCUUAGUCCGUGCAGGUGCUAAACUGGAUAUUCAGGAUAAAGAUGGGGAUACUCCUCUGCAUGAAGCCCUGAGGCAUCAUACUUUGUCACAGCUUCGCCAGCUCCAAGACAUGCAAGAUGUGGGCAAGGUAGAUACUGCUUGGGAGCCAUCAAAGAACACAUUAAUAAUGGGACUUGGUACCCAGGGAGCAGAGAAGAAGAGUGCAGCAUCUAUUGCCUGCUUUCUGGCUGCUAACGGAGCUGACCUCAGUAUUCGUAAUAAGAAGGGUCAGUCUCCUCUUGACCUCUGCCCUGAUCCUAGUCUCUGCAAAGCAUUGGCUAAAUGUCACAAAGAAAAAGUCAGUGGACAGGUUGGCUCUCGAAGUCCUUCUAUGAUCAGCAAUGACUCAGAAACUUUAGAAGAAUGUAUGGUGUGUUCAGACAUGAAGAGAGAUACAUUAUUUGGCCCAUGUGGACAUAUUGCUACCUGUUCCCUCUGCUCACCACGGGUCAAGAAAUGCCUCAUCUGUAAAGAGCAAGUUCAGUCCAGAACAAAGAUUGAAGAAUGCGUGGUGUGUUCAGACAAGAAAGCAGCAGUACUCUUCCAGCCUUGUGGUCACAUGUGUGCUUGUGAGAACUGUGCAAGCCUGAUGAAGAAGUGUGUGCAGUGCCGGGCAGUGGUUGAGCGGAGAGUGCCGUUCAUUUUGUGUUGCGGAGGAAAAGGUACAGAAGAUACCACUGAUGACAUUUCAAGUGGAAACAUUCCAGUUUUACAGAAAGACAAGGACAACACUAAUGUCAAUGCAGAUGUACAGAAGCUGCAGCAGCAGUUACAAGACAUAAAGGAACAGACCAUGUGCCCUGUUUGUCUGGAUCGUCUGAAGAAUAUGAUCUUUCUCUGUGGCCACGGAACAUGUCAGCUUUGUGGAGACCGAAUGAGUGAAUGCCCUAUAUGCCGCAAGGCUAUAGAACGAAGAAUCCUUUUGUAUUAAUAAAAAAAAGUGUCUUCUGUUAGCUUAUCAAAUUGUCAGUACAUUUUGGUCAUCAAAUCUCUAUGUUUGAAAGGCAGUUGAAGGUUCUAAUGAAAACAUUUCUAAUACUGCAGUGCAUAUGUGCUACAUUGUAAGUGCUUAAAGACUAAACACAUCAGAAAAGAAAACAGUAUUUGAACAGUCAACUUUUAGUUGUACUAUCAAGAGACAGCUAAGAUAAGGCUAAAUUAAUAAAGCAGUCUUUUCCCCCCACCCCCUUAAAGCACCAAGUGUAAAGGGACAAUCAUGAUUUUCUAUUUUGGUAUCUUUAAAGUUUUUAUAUGUACGUAUGGACUUUAAUUUCAGCCAUCAAGCGAUGUAGAUUUUGUACUGCCAGUUGCUUUCAAAUGUUUAUUUUUUUUAGCCCAAGUUUGACACCUCUUCAGCAUAUGCUCAAUUGUCAAAUGACAGAAAGUUAUGCCUCAUAGUACUAUUGUCUUGAAAGGUACAGUAAUGCAAAAUCAGCACAAUAUAUCCAAGUAGUAUUCAGUACCAUACAGUUCCUAUAAGAUGACAUCAAAAUAUAACCAUAUGGAUAACUGACUGUAAUGUGCCCUAUAUGCUCAGUGUGGAUUUCGAGGACAAUGUCAGUGGAAAGAAACAUAAAUUUGCUUUAGGAAUGUUAUGCCACCAAAACUGUACUUCAGUCUGACAGGAUCAAAUUAAACUAAAUAAGGAACUUCUUAAUCCUGUCGACAAAAAAACCUAAUAUAUAGAAUUGCGAAAGGAGAGUGCUGAUUUUUUUUCUUUACGAGGUAUUUGAAAAAUAAAGUGUAGAUGAGUUAUCAAUUUCACACCUAAAGAGUGUAGUUGAUUAAAAUCUUUGAGGAACAAGUGUAUAAUCAGAGAGUAAGGAAAUUAUGGGUCUCAUGAUCUAAGGAAACUGGGUGGUAUAUUUUUCCUUUGAAUUUUGUAGAAAUCAGCUGCUCUUUAAAUCCAUCUUUUCUGUUGCAGACUGCAUUUCUUACAUAAAUCAGUGUGGUGUUCUAUUAAGCCCUUCUUACAGAAGAAUUAUCUGUAGGGAAACUGUAGCAACAGCAAAGGAAGUAAAGUAUAUAUUGUCCAUUCAUCUCAAUGGGGUAUUAAUUUCAGAGCCCAGCAGAGACCAUUUAAUAGCUAAUAUUAAGCAAGACAGUGGUGAUAAGUCUGGGGGUUUCCUGACACAUGGAUAGGCAACUAGAAACUGAUUGGUCAGAGUUAGCUAGGAUUUGUAUUGCACUUAUAGAUGGCUCUUUGACUACUACCAGCAGCUCUAAAACAUGAGUAAGAGCACAAUCCAAAUGUUCUUCAUGCUUUGGUGGUGGGACCGUAAUCAGGAUUUCAGGAAAAAAGUUAAAUUCGAAGCUAUUACAGCCAAAUGAUGAUGGCAUAUAAAAGCCGUUCAGCAGUUACCUGAAUUACUGAUUGUAUAGAAUAUGAAAUCAGUGCUUUUUGUCUUUUAGUCCUGAUUUGGACAAUUUAUUUCAAAGAUUUUGAACUAUACAGUGUAUUCAGUUAGGUGCCUUCCUUGCAGCUAACAUUAGUCUCCUUCAUUUAACUCCUGUUACACGUGGCAGGGACAUGAAAGUGGGAAUUGGUCUGGGGAAGAUCAAGAUGAGAAUGAAGUGAUUCAUAGUCUGCAUUCUUCACUUGGAAAAUCACAUGCUUACACAAUGCACAGUCUUCUGAAGUGUGUGAUAAGCUUGUGUUGAUCUUUGGAAUUCUGCAGACUUCAGCCAAAAUCUCAGAAGAAUUUACCAAUGCUUUUAAAGUAUUGAUCAUGCAGUUAGAAUACCUGUAUGGUAGAAGGAAACUCGACAGUGGUUUCUUAGAAAAUCAAUACAUAAUGCAUUAGCUGACAAAACAAUCUAUGCCCCAAAAUUUCUGUUCCAACAUGUAAAUGUUCCUUGCUCUUUUAAACUCGGGUUGGAACAAUCCAGUCCAGUAUUCUUUGUUCUGAUGUUCCAGCAGUCGUAUAUAUACACCAUAAAUCUCACUCUGUGUUUGGUCGUUUACAUAGCUUUCUGCUUUGCCUGGGGCUUUGAGUCCCUAUUCUAAAAGAGGCAGAUCUCAGUAUCUUCUAUACAAAAUCUUUGGUUGUCAGUAAAUCUCAUCCUCAGUUUAGCAGUCCCACAGCUGAUUUAAUUGCUUUAGCUCUAGGAAUUUUAUAUACUUUUGGAGUUGCAGCCUGGUUAACUGAGGUUUUAGAAUUCCAGUCUGAGAGAAUUGGGAAAAUUCUUACAUUCUGUGUUCUUAUAUGAUCAGAAUAGUUCUGAUAGGAUUUUCCAAUGUUUUUGGGAAAAUGAUUUGGUAGCCCAUUCCGCUUAACAUAAGGGUCACUUGGCUUCUGUGGCUAGUAUUGCACAGCAGGACCCUUUGGCUUCAUGUCCCCCGUCAACGAUUCUCCAGAAGAACUGGUUCUCUCUAAUAUGGCACAACACUGGACCCCUCGCUAUGAAUUUCAUUCUCUUGUAUCUUGUGUCUGUGACAUGGUUCUCUUUAAGCCAGAUCAGACUCAUUUUUGAGCACUAUUUCAUACUUAAAUUAUUCAGAAAGACCUCUCCAUAAAGUCUCAGUCCAAAGUACCUGAUUAACAGUUGAUCAUCACUCCUGCUCUAUCGCUUGGUAAAUUCAGUUCUAACUCAAAACCCCAUUAUGGUAGCUCAAUGCACUACUUACUGCAUAGCAGUCGAUAUUUUUAUAACAUUUAAGUAAAUUGUGAUAGGGUUUUGUUAGCAUUCAGCAAUGGAACAAGCCAGUGGUAAGAUGCUAUUUUUUCAUGCAAUUUUCAACUGUUUAAAUAGUCUGAAUUAAAUCUUGUCUCUACUAAAGUCAGUGGGUGUUCUCAUUUCAGUGGGACUGUGAUUUCACCCUCUAUCGUGUCUUAUUUGCCUGAUCUUUUCAGGUUGUCUGAAUUAAUUUAACCAAAUGUUGCCAUCUGAUGAUGUAACUAAUACUUGAACCAAAUUUAACAGGGCAUUUAAGUAUUUUCCUAAAGGACUAAAUCAAGGCAUCCAGGGUAGCAAUGCUGAGCAUACUUCAUCUGUGGGGAGCACAGAUGUCAGGUGAUAGAGGAGUUCUGUCAGAUGUCAGGUGUGUUGAUUACAGGAGUUCAGUUCACUGUUUGCUUUAUGUUUUUCAUCAGUUCCUCAGCUACAAAACUAUAGCUGCUGUAAGAUAGCCAUAGAUUGUGUGUGUGUGUGUGUGUGUGUACACACACACGCGCGCACGCUACUCCAAGAGCUGUCCUUUCCACACCAUGGUCCUUGGUUUGUCCCCAUCAACACAUACAGACCUCUCAUUAUGUUUCUGUUUUUGUGUUCAGCUUGAUUGAGCAGUGUUGCAUGCAUGAUUCCAUGUAAAAAAUGUAAUGAUGAUAUCACAAAUUCAAGCCAAAUAGUUUAAUUAGACAACUGCUUUUAAAAAAAGUAAUUAAGCAGUUUAACUUUGUAGCGCUUAUUGUUUAAGGUGCUGGUAUUGGCAUUCUGUUUACAGGCGAGAGUUUAUCCCAAUUGAUAUUAUGAAGUCAGAUAUAGUACUUUCAAAAUGACUUUUAAUUGAUUUUAAGAAAUGUUUGCCAAAACAUUGUUGCAUAUGUAAAUAGAUGUUUAGACUUGUACACUAUCUCUUCAGAUUGGAAUGUAUGUUAAAGCUAAAGAUUUAGGUAGCUUUGAAGAAACCAGCUGUAUCAGACCAUAUUUAUACAGUAUAUUCACAUCACUUAGCAAUAGUAUGUAUGUAACCUGAUAUUGUCUGAAAGGCUUGCAUACUUCUAUGGGAGACCUUUGUUUUAAAACGAGGAGGUGCGGGGAAGUGGAUCCUAGGCUCAGAAGAUAAGUGGGAAUCAUAGCAAGUAGGAAAAGAUGAGGAUGGGUCAGUGUACGUCUGUGAGUGAAUCACUACAGAUUUUACUGAAACAGAACAAAUACUUGAUAAAGAAUCAGUAAAUAGACAAUUAGAUUUAAUACACAUGUUUGAGAAUUGCAGAUAUCACUUUUGUUAUUCUUAGAACAAUUUCCCAAUAUUAAAAGUUGUUUGGGAAUAGAAUUGGUUGGAGGAGCUUCUUCAAUGACUUAUUUCUUGAAAUAUCGACAUUAUAGUUUAUUAUUUGGGUACAAAGUAUGCUCAAAAGUUUGCUUGAACAUCUUUCCUUUCUGUAUGGUAAUCAGUAAGAUUAAAUUAGAGAUGGCUGCAAUAGUAUUGUAAAGGAACUAUGAAGAGACCUUAAUUUUAAAUUUGAGGGAUCUGUACAGUAAGCUAAAUAGCUUAAAGAUGUCAGAACUUAAUCACUUAAUUUUUCAGCUAUUUUUUUCCCCCAAUAAUGUACCAUGACUUUUCAGACCCAUUACUUAAAGAUAUUCAAUAUCUCCUGCUCUACAUUCAAGGCAUUUGGCACAUUGCAGGAUUUGAGUCACAGCUGUGUACUUUCCUUUUUUUGUUAAAAUACUAGUUAAGUGGUUCUAGAUUAGUUUAGGACAAAUUCCCUUUUAAGAAAAAAUAAAAAAAUAAACUGGAAAGGUAAUAAACACAAGUUACUUUGUAAACGUGAAAAUUCCUUCAAAAACUAGUUUAACUAUAAACUUGAGCCAAAUUGGAAUAUAGAAAAGUUUUGAGUGCCUUGUUAACAUAGUCUUAAACAUGUUUUCAGUCUAGUUUUACAGACUUGUGAAACUAGUUUUUUAAAAAGAAUCUGAUUUGAUCUUGCCUUUAUAUUGUGAUAAGAAUAUUCACUGAUACUGUGUAGAUAUUAUCUAGAGAUGGAGUUUUACUAAAGUAUGCCUGCUUAUUUAUAGCAGUAUUACUUACAAUUUGUGGCUAAUGUAAACACUAAAUUGUUUGAGAAAGUUGCUUUGAGUUAUUCGAUCUCUCUGAGCUUCUCGACAAUAUUGCAAAUGUCAAAAGUUAUAUUUUGCUCUUUUAAUAGUUGCUGAUGAAUUGUGUAGAGCUUGGGUCAUAACUUGUGUUGAAUAGAUCACAGACAGAAGUUCUUACAGACCACUGCAGUGUUACUUUUAGUAACUCUGCCUUUUUUCUGUCCAAGUGUUCAGUUCUACAGUAAUCGUUCUUUACCUUUGGAAAGGAGCAGGAGUUUUCUUAAACACUACAAUUUAGUUCUGAUACAUCAGUUUUGGUGCCUGACUAGGUGUGACAUAAAGGAUUAUUGCUGACUGUAUAAAUGACCUACAGGAGGAAUGUAUCAUUCCCCAUAGUACUGUACAUUCCUGUUUCCCUUCCCUAAGUGCUGGAAUUCAUAUACUAUUUUCCUUUUACAAUACAGAAUGUGUUUUGUUCAUGGAGUAAAAUAAUGUUGUCUAUAAAGUUUUAUUGUGUGCCGUUUUUAUAGUUACAGCUGCAGUAAGUAUGAAAGUUCUGACUCAGGGCUUUAACAACUUAAACACAUUCAUAAAUGUUCUUCAGUGCAUCUUGGAGAAUAUUAGAGGUUUAAUGGUUGUGUAGUGCCUUGACAGAACAAUUGAAUUGGCAGCAGCCAUAGAUCCUUUACAGAAUAGAAGUACAUGUGAAUCUACAAACUGGGUUUGUGCAGCAUAAAUGUAUAUGUAGUAUAUGUGUUGCAUUUAAACCACUUAUUUGUCUUUCUGUAAAGGAAAGUUAGCAGAUUUAACUUUUGUUAGGCUUUUGGUAAGUCUUGUUUAUGGUAACUGCACCAAUGGAACAAUUAUGAUAGGAGCCUGAGGACGGUAUUCCAAAUCAGACAAAUAGCUUUUGGGAGAGAGGAUGGAUAGAAAAUUCUACAUAAUGACAUUUUUGGUAGGAAAGGAGAAUCAUUUUAUAAACCAACUUCUAGCAAAAAUUAGCUUCAUAAUUUGGACCUAGCAAAUCUUUCUAUAAACAAGAAGUCUGCAUGGCAUUUCAUAGUUACGAAAGUAAGUCUUACUCUGGGCUUCUAGGAAAGUAUUUUCUUGUCCCACGCUUAGUUAUGGGUGCAACUUGCUCUGUAGUAGAAAAUGGGUUUUACUGAACCACAACAACAUUUUUUGCUUUUGUUAGAAAAUCAACUUUGCAUUUUUGGUAAAUUGUAGAUUUGACCUGACUGUUGACUGGAUUAAAUUCAAGUUGUGUGUGAAUGUAGUUGAUUUCUGUACUGCAAAUAGCUUUACAUAAUUGCAUUGAUUAAAACUGCUUAGCAAGGCCUAAGCUUUUCAAAACAAAUACUAAUGUACCGUAUUGUUAAUAAAACUUAUUAUAUAAUGAGUCUCA